CACUCGCUGUGGUGGAAGGCGCGACGCAACCACCGACAGGUUUGCGCGCCGCUCAGCCUUUAUUUUUGCUUUACUCAGCCUUAGAAAAGGAGGAUUGAGGAAUCUGCUACACGUUGUCGCUUCGCCAUCCCUCAGCGGUAGAGCGCCCCCACUUGGGCAAUCAAAUGCGAGGAAUCAACAUGAGGAUGGCAUCGACUUCACCAAAUGUUACCGCAAGUAGUUUGAUUUCUCUUCUCUUCGUUCUCAGUGUUUCACACGCACAUCUGUAACCCAUCUACCAUGGCAAGGCCUUUUACUUGUUGCUCUCUCUCUCUCUCUCGAUCCAGAGGUGGUUGGAGAGAGGCCAUUGUACAAGGACGAAGAGCUCGGGCAGGUUGACGAAAGAAAAAGCUGAGGUGGGGAAGGAGGAAGGCACGGGGCCGCCGUGGUCAUGGCGGGGACCAUCCUGGCCAUGGAGAAAUGUCCAAACUCGGGCGGCGACUCCAUUACAAGAAGCUGCGGAAUCGAAUUGGUGAUGGAACAGCGAUCAUUUUGUUUACCUCUUCGCAUCAGAAUGUUGGAAUCUUGAAGGACGGGGAAAAAAAAAGGUCUUUUUGAGGCUGAAAUCUUCGCGAAGUGGGAUCAACCAAAUGAACGACGCAUAACGCGGUGUGCACCGUGGAAUUCUCGUCUUCUACCGCCUCCGCUCCUUCUCCUCUUCAAUAAAAAUCUUAUCUUGGGAGGGAGGUGGGAGAAAUGGGGAGCAUCGGCAGCGAGGAGCCGGCGCAGUGGGAGAAGGCGGAGGGCGGUGGCACUGUUGGGGAGGAGGAGAGGAUACUGGUUUCGGUGAGGCUGAGGCCGCUCAAUGCCAAGGAGUUGGAGCGCAAUGACACCUCGGAUUGGGAGUGCAUUGAUCGCACCACCGUCGUCUUCAAGAACAACCUCCCCGACCGAUCCAUGUAUCCGACAGCCUAUACUUUUGACAGAGUUUUCGGGUCAAAGUGCGGCACAAGGGAUGUGUACGAGGAAGGAGCCAAGGAAGUUGCUCUUUCUGUUGUAAGUGGAAUUAAUGCAACUAUAUUUGCCUAUGGGCAAACUAACAGCGGAAAGACAUACACAAUGACAGGGAUAACCGAGUAUAGUGUAGCAGAUAUCUAUGACCACAUAAAGAGGAAUGAGGAGAGAGAAUUCAUUCUAAAAUUCUCAGCUAUGGAGAUAUACAAUGAAGUGGUUAGGGAUCUCCUCAGUAUGGAUGGUUCCCCUCUUAGGCUACUUGACGAUCCAGAGAGAGGAACUAUAGUGGAGAAACUUACAGAGGAAACUCUGAGGGAUGAGAACCACCUCAAGGAGCUUCUUUCCACAUGUGAAGCACAAAGACAGACAGGGGAAACCUCCCUAAAUGAAAUGAGCUCACGAUCACAUCAGAUACUCAGAUUGACAAUUGAAAGUUCUGCUCGAGAGCUUCUGAAUAGGAACAGCUCAAGCACUCUUGCAGCCACCGUGAAUUUUGUUGAUCUUGCAGGGAGUGAACGAGCAUCUCAAACUGGUGCUAGACUGAAGGAAGGCUGCCACAUUAAUCGAAGCUUGCUUACCCUUGGAACUGUCAUACGCAAGCUAAGCAAGGGAAGAAAUGGGCACAUUCCAUAUCGAGAUUCAAAAUUGACACGCAUACUGCAGUCUUCCUUGGGAGGUAAUUCAAGAACAGCUAUUAUCUGUACAAUGAGCCCUGCACGAAACCACAUCGAGCAGUCCAGGAAUACCCUUCUAUUUGCAAGCUGUGCAAAACAAGUAGUUACAAAUGCACAGGUCAAUGUAGUGAUGUCUGAUAAGGCAUUGGUUAAGCAUCUACAAAGAGAAGUUUUCAGAUUGGAGAGUGAACUGAAAUAUCCAGGAUCGGCCUCCUGUUCUUCUCAUUUUGAAGCCCUAAGGGAUAAAGACGCUCAGAUUGAAAAGAUGGAGCGAGAAAUCAAGGAGCUGAUACAGCAAAGAGAUCUUGCUCAAUCUCAACUCAAAGAUUUGCUUGCCACUGUAGAUGAUGAUCAAGCUUCAAGUCAAUGGCAUGAACUGAGUCACGCCUCUGUAUCACAUGUGCACAAUAUGCCUGAGGAUGUAUGUUCCAUUUCUGGAACAUCAGGUAUUGCAUAUCAAAGUUCAGAGUUUGGCUCUAUAAGUUUUGAUGCACCACAUCAAAGCAACAAUGAAUAUCAUGUAGAGCUUUCUGAUAAACUGGACAUAGUUCCAGAUAUCUCACCUAGGCACUCAGUCAGCAGUUCUUUGUCUACUGGAAUGAUCUUACAGCAGACAAGGGACAAAAGUUUUGAAGCCUCAUCAAACGAUUUUGAAGACCAUUACAGGGAAGUUAGGUGUAUUGAGAUACAUGCUUUAGGCACAAAUAGAAUUGAGGAGUUCAAUCCACCAUUGAUUGAAGAAAGUGAUGAUCUACCAUCUCAGACUGAUUUAGACAAGCUUGAAGAUACUGGACCACAAUCUGUAAGUUAUGCAUUUCUAAGACCUGAAACGGAGCAAUCAGUGAAGGGCAUAUCAGAGACAAUUGAUGAUUUCAUAAAAACAUGUCUUGAUGAUAUGUCUCCAUGGCCCACAAUGCCAAAAAUAAUGACUUUCAGGGAGUUGCCACUAACUAGAAGCAGAAGUUGCAGGGCAAGCCUUAUGACUACUUCAUCCUCUUUUUGGACUGAAGAGGCAGAGCAGCAUGACGGGAGACCACCUACGAACUUCUUGAAUGAGUUUCCUGUCAGCCUUGGCUGGAUUCCAAGAAAAAUUUCUGUGCCAUUGAAUGAUAUAAAAAAUGAGGCACACUCAUUUGAAGGAUCCCAGAAUACGGAAGAGCCUAUUCCUAGUCAUGUCAUUGAAGACCAGAAUAUUAGGAUUGUUCCUGAAGAGGAUAUUACCAAUGUCAGUAACUUUUUUUCAGGAGUGGUUCAGAUGGCUCAGAGCCAGCAUCAAAAGGAACUUACUGAUGAUCAGGAGACUCAAUGGGCCCAAGUUGAAGAAUUCGAAGUUGAGAAAACUGUAAAGGAUGUUGGAGUAGACUCAGUAUUGUAUUCUAUUGAAUCUCCUUCGAGAUGGCCAAUAGAGUUUCAGAGAAAGCAGCAGGAGAUAAUUGAACUUUGGCAUGGUUGCAAUGUUUCCUUAGUCCACAGGACUUACUUUUUCCUACUUUUCAAAGGUGAUCCAUCCGACUCCUUCUACUUGGAAGUGGAGAAUAGAAGGCUGUCCUUUCUAAGAAACACUUCUCUUCCUGAGCAUUCUAACAUGAUAGUGGCUGAAGAUGGUCGUACCAUUAUGUCCUCCUCAAGCUUGAGAUAUCUUCGUCGCGAAAGGCAAAUGCUGUACAGGCAACUGCAGAAAAAGUUAUCCCUAGAAGAAAGGAUCACAAUCUAUUCCAAGUGGAGAAUUGCUCUCAACACGAAACAGAGGAGCCUGCAGCUGGCCCAGCUUGUCUGGACAAAAACUGACAUGCCACAUGUCAGGGAGAGUGCAUCGCUUGUAGCCAAGUUGAUUGGAUUUCAGGAGCAAGGGGAGGCCCUCAAGGAGAUGUUUGGACUCAGUUUCAUACCACAGCAAACUAACCAUAGAUCCUUCGGCUUCACAUACAGGAAGUCUUUGCUCAUGUGAGGAAUACGUUCAUAUAGUUCUCAAGGCAGUAAGUCUGCAGAACUGCCUAUCAUGAUUUGACAUCAACUUAUUCACAUCUCUUUUUUCCUCUUUUCCCAGUGUGUGUAUUCUUAUGAUUCUUUAAUUAUCAAUUCUCCAUAGAAUUUCUUACAAAUUUACUGCAUUUACCUGGAUGAUGAAAAGAACUUCUGUUCUUGCAUGCCACUCAUGUAUCAUUUACAAGGCUAUUACCAGUCCUGGCUUGUUCUUUUA